UCUCCCACAUUUUACUUAACGCUUGUCAGUCGCUGCUAUACAUAAGUAUUCAGCCAUUUUCGUGACGCAAAUUUUUUCCCCAGCUUUUUUAGAACUUGCACCGAGUGUAUUUUCCGUGACAGUCUGUAAGAGGCGGAACCGAGUGUAAGUGUGCAUGCGGAAACCGAACUGCUCUCGUGCAACCCAUUUUCUGCAUGCUGGAACUUGCAGGGGCCAUGGCCAUCCUUGGGAGCGCAGUCCAGCGGGUUGUGUCAGCAGUGCGGCCUCCUCUCUCUCCCUUGACCCGGACAACCGCUUGGUCCUACAGCUCACAGCCCACCAAGGAAAAAAGUGUUCCCUAUGAUAAGACACUCAAACAAGAGGAUGGAACUUCCUCUGGACCCACUAAACCUUUGCCCAGGUCAGCGGAUGUGGUGGUGAUCGGAGGAGGCAGUUUGGGCUGUCAGACCAUCUACCACCUGGCUAAAAUGGGGAUGACCAACUUAGUUCUGCUGGAGAGAGACAGACUGACUGCUGGCACCACCUGGCACACUGCAGGCCUGCUGUGGCAGCUCCGUCCCAGUGAUGUUGAGGUAGAGCUCUUGGCCCACACCAGGAAUGUGAUAAGCAAAGACCUGGAGGAGGAGACGGGUCUUCACACAGGCUGGAUCCAGAAUGGAGGACUCUUCAUCGCUUCCAACAAGCAGAGGCUGGACGAGUACAAGCGCCUCAUGUCGCUGGGUAAAGUUUAUGGUAUCGAGUCCCAUGUCCUGUCACCUGCGGAAACCAAAGACCUCUAUCCUCUGAUGAACGUUGAUGAUCUGUAUGGAACCCUGUAUGUACCAAAAGACGGCACCAUGGACCCAGCAGGCACCUGCACCACCCUGACCAGAGCUGCUACCGCCAGGGGAGCAACGGUGAUUGAAAACUGCCCUGUGACUGGUAUCCAAGUGCGGACAGAUGACUUUGGUAUGAAGAGGGUGAAGGCAGUAGAAACCCCUCAUGGGAACAUUGAGACACCUUGUGUGGUGAACUGUGCAGGCGUGUGGGCCACCAAGCUGGGGGAAAUGGCUGGAGUCAAGGUGCCUCUUAUCGCAAUGCAUCAUGCCUAUGUGGUGACCGAGAGAAUUGAAGGCAUACAGAACAUGCCAAAUGUCAGGGACCAUGAUGCAUCAGUGUACCUGCGCCUCCAAGGUGACGCCCUGUCUGUGGGGGGUUAUGAACACAACCCCAUCUUCUGGGAUGAGGUGUCUGAUAAGUUUGCCUUUAGCCUGUUUGACUUGGACUGGGAUGUAUUCAUGCAACAUAUUGAAGGUGCAAUUAACAGAGUUCCUGUUCUGGAGGAAAUUGGCAUUAAGUCCACGGUCUGUGGACCAGAAUCAUUCACAGCUGACCACAAGCCGCUGAUGGGAGAAGCCCCAGAGGUGAGAGGGUUCUACCUGGGCUGUGGCUUUAACAGCGCCGGUAUGAUGCUGGGAGGUGGUUGUGGUAGAGAGCUGGCUCACUGGAUCAUACAUGGUCGCCCUGAAAAGGAUAUGUAUGGUUACGACAUCAGGCGUUUCCAUAACUCGCUGACAGACAACACACGUUGGAUCAGAGAGAGGAGCCAUGAGUCGUAUGCUAAGAACUACUCUGUGGUGUUCCCCUUUGAUGAGCCGUUGGCCAGCCGAAACAUGAGGAAGGACCCUUUCCAUCAGGUGUUGAUGGAGCAGGGCUGUGUGUUCCAGGAGAGACAUGGCUGGGAAAGACCUGGCUGGUUCAACAAAGAUGGGCCCACUCCUGUUAAAGACUAUGAUUACUAUGGGGCUUAUGACAUUAAGAAGAAUGUGAACUACAAAUAUAAAGUGUUACUGGGCAAAGAGUACACUUUUGACUUCCCUCCACAUCAUGACGUGAUCAAGAAUGAGUGCCUCACAUGUAGACAUGGUGUGGCAGUCUUUGACAUGUCCUACUUUGGAAAGUUCUAUCUUUGUGGACCAGAUGCCAAGAAGGCGGCUGAUUGGCUGUUCACUGCUGAUGUCAACAAGAAGCCAGGCUCCACGGUGUAUACCUGCAUGCUGAAUAAGAGAGGAGGAGCAGAGGCUGACCUCACAGUGAGCAGACUGGAGCCUGGUGCUGCCAACCUGCCCCUGGCACCACAGUCCAAUGGUGAUGCAUACUACCUGGCCAUUGGAGGCGGUGUAGCAGAACACAACUGGAACCACAUCAGAACAGUUCUUCAGGACCAAGGCUUCCACUGCCAGCUGACAGACCACUCUGAGGACAUGGGGAUGAUCAGCAUCCAGGGACCCAAAAGUCGGGAUGUGCUUCAGGAGGUGUUGGACACAGACCUGAGCAACGAAGCUUUCCCCUUCUCUACCCACAAGGUUGUAAACGCAGCAGGGCAUCAGGUGCGAGCUAUGCGUCUGUCAUUUGUCGGAGAGCUCGGCUGGGAGUUACACAUUCCCAAAGACUCUUGCCUUCCAGUCUACCAUGCUGUCAUGGCUGCUGGUGCAAAGCACGGCAUCAUCAACUCAGGCUACAGGGCCAUCGACUCACUCAGCAUAGAGAAAGGGUACAGACACUGGCACGCUGACCUUCGCCCAGAUGACACACCCUUGGAGUCGGGGCUCGGCUUCACCUGCAAACUGAAGAGCUUGAUCCCGUUCCAGGGCCGUGAUAGGCUGGAGAAACAGAAGGAGGAGGGGCUGAGGAGGCGUAUCGUCUGCUUUACCAUUGAUGAGUCAGUGAGUGCAGAUUUCAUAAAGCGCGGGGAGUUUACCCUGGAGAGGAUGGGAGUGACUUAUGCAGCCAAGGCCCACCUCAAAUCUCCAUUUGACCCUGAGAAUAAACGCAUCAAGGGCAUCUAUGCUUGAGAAGGACCACACGUGGAAACUGAAGAAAACACACUGGUCAGAGAAUGAGGCUGAGAGAGCAACAACUAGAAUUUAAGCAUCCUUUCAUCAUAUCAUAAGCAGACAUAAUCCAUUGAUUAGGGAAAAGGGACUUUAAUUUAGGUUUCUUGUAUUUGAUUGGAUCACUCAAAGGUGGUGUGGCUUGCUGCUGGCAGACAAUUUGAGCUGUGUACCAGCCCACGAAUUUAUAACUUACUAAUUUAAAAGAAAUGUUUUGCAAUGAAAAAUGAAUUUAAAUAAAUUCAUGAAAACUACUGAAUUAGCAUGCUCAAUCAAACUACAGUACUUCCCACAUGGUAACAGCUAGCUAGCAAACACUAGCAGAAGGUGUUACCAAGUUACCAAAGUGUACUUUGCUUUAAGGCUACUAUCUGCCAGUUAACUAAAAUAUGAAUAAUGUAUUUACCCCAUUAAUGUUAUCAAAGCUUACAUUAAAGCAUGUAGUCCUUGAGCUCAGACAGUGUAGCAGCGUGGACUGCACAUGUGAUGGGAGAAUGCACUGUGCAUGCAGAGAGUUGUAAUUGUACUUUACUUUUAAUUCUCAUUUAAUGGGAUGCUUAUUAUCUGUACCUGUGAUGUUGAUGAAGCUAAAUGCAGUGAAAGGUUACAAUUUGAUCAAAUGGCUAUACUGUUCACAUGCCAUAAGACCUAGUAUUAUUUUUUGUGUAUUUUUCUCCCAAAAAGGUUCAAUAUUAAAAGUUAAUAUUUUCAUAUUAACAUUCCAAAUAUUCCCGAGCUUUACUUCCUUAGGAUAUUUUGUAAAUUCUGUAAAUCUUUCCACACUUUGCAAACCUAGGUGCAACUGAUUAUUUUACAUGUAGGUGCAGCUGUUUAGCUCUAAAUCUCUCUGUGAAAUACUGUGCAUCUUUAAUAUGACCAUUUUAUAUUUCAAUUUAAUACAUAAGAUUAUAUCUGCAAUUUUAUAGUGACAUUGUUCUCUUGUGAAUUAUCUCAUGUAUCACUAUGGAGACAAAUUGAUCUUAUUAUUUCCAGUAAUCAAAUAUAUUUUACCAGUACAGUUUACACUGGGUAAAGGGAAAAAGACUAAUUUCUGAUCCAGCUAACUUUGAAUAACUCUGCGUUUCCUGGAUUGAUCUUAAGUUCUCAAAUAACAGCAGAAUCUUUAUCAAUGUUUGGUUUUAGAAAUAGAAACUUAACUGAACAAUCUUUGCUCUUUUCAAACAAUCAACCGUCCAGCUAAUUCAGAAUGGCUAUAGCACUAGAAGAUAACUCAGGAAAUCUUAAUCUAUUUUUUUUAAAGAACUAGCAGCAUACCCGGGAACCUAAUGACUAUUUAUUACCGUGAUUAUAGGUAUGGUGGUAAUGUUUUAAAUGUAGCAAAGAGAGCUGCUGCCUUUUCAGGCAUUCUUAAGAGCUCUCACGAAUUGUUGUUUUGCUGUUGAACUUACGUAUAAUUUACAUCUGCUUCACGCUAAGGUGAAGCAGGGGGCAUAAUGGAGUACUUUUACUGUGACCCAUCUGCAGGAGGCAUUCUGCAAUAGCACAUUAACACCUUGGUCUCUAACAUCUUACUUUCAAUUCAAAAUCUGAACUUAGUUCAGGAGUGAGUAUGGCAGGACUGUAUUGUACUAAUUGUGUAAUUAAAAUUUAAAUUAUAAUGAAUCAACUAGCCAAGUACCUAUAGGUUCCUUGGGACAGGUCUUAAUUUGACAGUUUACUGAGUCAUUAAGAAUUCAUAGAAUGUGUGUGUAUAAACUAAAACUGCUAAUGUUUGCUAGCUAGGCAGCUCCUGUUUUUGUUGUUGACAACUCAUGGUUGUUAAAAUGAAAAUGUCUUCAAAGAAAAACUGUGACGUAAGUCUGCAUCGGCAGUCAGACGGUGCAGCAAAACGGAGGUCUGUCAAUUAAUUUUGAAUAGGGGGGGUGCAAAAAGUCUGGCCAGAUCACUGACAAUCCCACACCGUCAUACAACCCUGCAGAAAAUCAGCAGAUUGCUUUAUUUGUUCUGAAUGGGCCGAUAAACGGCA